AUGGACUGGAGGGACUGGAAGGCACUGGAGGGCACUGGGAGGGACUGGGAGGCCCUGGGCUGUACUGGGAGGGCCUGUGCUGUCCUGGCCCCCCCUGACCGUGUGUCCCCCCCCCAGCGCCGGGGGAAGCCGGUGGGGAACCCGUGUCCCAUCUGCCGGGACCGGAACCUGCUCGUGGAUUUCCGGAACGUGAAGCUCCUGGAUCAGUUUAUUUGCCCCCACUCGGGGGUUGUUUUCCACCCCACACACACCGGGGUCUGCAUGAGGCAGCACAAGCUCCUGUCCAAGGCCAUCGCCCAGGCCCAGGAUCACGGGCUGCUGUGGCUGCAGGUCCCCUACGUCCCCGUGCCCCGAGAGGACUUUAACAACCGGCACCCUGCGGUGGGAAAGACGCCCCCGGCGCCGGCGCUGAGGGAAGCGGGCGGGUUCUGGUACAGCUGGUACGAGCGGCGCCCGCCGCCCCCCGCCGAGAUCGCGCGGAUGCGCCGCCUCUACCGCGGCUUCCUCAAGGGGGAGGAGGCCCCGCCGGCCGCCCCGGGGGCACCCCCGGAGGCCCCUCAGAGCCCCGCCGGGGAGAAACGGGCGGAAUAAAGCGGUUAAAAACCCCUCAAA